CCUCAGGCUGGCCUCCGCCUUCAGGGACCUGGAGCUCUUCCCAGGGGCCCCCAAAUGGAUGGGACAUGGGCACCAUUAGAGAGGGGCGUGACUGCUACAUCAACCACCUCUCCCAGAGCAGCUCCCUGGAGGAAGUCCGUCUAAAUGGAGACAAGUUUGUGCCGCCGGCGCCCCGGAAGGUGGACAUGAGGCGAGACCCCGUGCUCGGCUUUGGAUUUGUGGCCGGCAGUGAGAAACCCGUAGUGGUCCGCUCAGUCACACCAGGGGGUCCGUCUGAAGGCAAGCUGAUCCCAGGGGAUGAGAUCAUCAUGAUUAAUAAUGAGCCAGUCAGUUCAGCUCCCAGAGAGAGAGUCAUCGACCUCGUCAGGAGCUGCAAGGAGUCCAUAUUGCUGACUGUCGUUCAGCCAUACCCUUCACCCAAAUCAGCAUUUAUCAGCGCGGCCAAAAAGGCUAAGUUAAAGACCAAUCCUGUCAAAGUCCGCUUCGCUGAGGAGGUCAUCAUCAAUGGACAAGUCCCAGAAAUGGUCAAAGACAACUCCCUGCUUUUUAUGCCAAAUGUUCUGAAGGUGUAUCUAGAGAAUGGGCAGACUAAAUCAUUUAAAUUCGACAGCAACACAUCCAUUAAGGACGUCAUCAUGACCCUGCAAGAAAAGCUAUCCAUUAAGUGCAUUGAGCACUUCUCUCUGAUGCUGGAGCACAGAGCUGAGGGGUCUGCCAGCAAACUCAUGCUCCUGCAUGAACAGGAGAUGCUAACUCAGGUGACACAGAGGCCAGGGUCACACAAGAUGAAGUGCUUCUUUCGAAUCACUUUUGUCCCAAAGGAUCCAGUGGACCUGCUGAGGAGAGAUGCCAUAGCCUUUGAGUAUCUCUACGUUCAGAGCUGUAACGAUGUGGUACUGGAGAGAUUUGGGUCAGAACUGAAAUAUGACACAGCCCUCCGUCUGGCUGCCCUGCAAAUGUACAUUUUAACCAUCAAUACCAAACAGACUCAGAAAGUUUCCCUGAAGUAUAUUGAGAAGGAGUGGGGUUUGGCCUUGUUCCUACCACCUGCUGUGCUGUCAAGCAUGAAAGAGAAGAAUAUUAAAAAAGCAAUUACCCACAUCUUGAAAACCAACCAAAACUUGGUGCCACCUGGUAAAAAGCUGACUGCCUUGCAGGCAAAGGUACAUUAUCUGAAGUAUCUCAGUGACUUGAGGCUUUAUGGGGGACGUGUGUUUAAAUCAACCCUGGUUCAAGGGGAGAAGCACACAGAAGUAACUUUGCUGGUAGGACCCAAAUAUGGCAUCAGUCAUGUGAUAAACACCAAAACUAAUCUUGUGGCACUUCUGGCCGACUUCAGCCAUGUGAACCGCAUUGAGAUGUAUUCAGAAGAUGAGAACAGAGUUAGAGUGGAGCUACAUGUCCUAGAUGUGAAGCCCAUAACUCUUCUAAUGGAGUCUGUUGAUGCGAUGAAUCUGGCCUGUUUGACUGCUGGCUACUACAGAUUACUCGUGGACUCUCGACGUUCCAUCUUUAACGUGGCCAAAAACACAAACAGCAACCCUGCUAAAGUGAAGCAAAACUUUCAGGCCAUCGAGUGCACGUACAGCAUACCCCAUAAAAGCUGUGAAGACAGAAACAACCAGAGGUGCAGCCAAGAAUAUUUGGAACAGGAGUGUGAAUAUCUCAACCACAGCAGGUGUGAAAGUCAACCUGUGUACAUAACAGAGAUCCACCAGCCCCAGCAUCCAGUGCACAUGUUGGACAGAGCAGAGUGCUGUAGACCUCCGUGUUCUCAAACUUAUCUCAACCUCCCAAGACCCAAACCCCAGGACUCCUCCAGGAAUGCCAAGGUUUCCUUCAUAUUUGGGGACCCUCCUUUGGACAGCGUGAACCCCCAAAAUCUGGGCUACCAGAGACUAAUGGAUGAAGGCCCAGAAAUUGCAGACAAUCACAGCCACAUGUAUAGGCGCCUUGAGGAGGAUUAUAAAAUGAUGGAUGCUUUAGAGGAAGGCUAUCAGUACUCCACCAAAAUCUUUGGUCCUACGGAGUGCAUCGAGGAGCCACUGCUGCAUGACAUCUGCUAUGCAGAGACGACCGAUGAUGCAGAGGACGAGGAUGACAUCAGCUGUGAGGAGGACAUGGUGAUGAGUGACAUUGACAAGCCUAUGUUGCUUACACUCUCAGGGUCCAGCGAUGACAUAAUUGACUUGACCUCCCUCCCUCCACCACCGGAGGUAAACGAUGAGGAGGACAAUGACGUGCUGCUGCACUCUCUGAACAUGGCCAUUGCUGCUCCUCCUCCUGGUUUCAGGGACAGCUCAGAUGAAGAUGAACAGCAGGGAGCUGGGACUCGGGCCAAGGGAGCCUGUAAUGAUAUUCCAGUGUCUCUAAUAGAUUCAGUGCCCACCCACCGAGCAGAGGGACCUGGGGAGCCUCUGGACGAUGCAGUGGUGUCUACCUUACAGGCACUUGAAGCACUGGCUGCUUCUGAAGAACAGAGUCCGGCCCAGUCAGAGAGUAGCACAGGUGUAGAAAUAUCACGAGCAUUUAGCCCGGAGUCUUCAGAUUCUGGCAAUGAGACCAACUCCUCUGAGAUGACAGAGAGCUCCGAGCUGGUUGCUGCUCAGAGACAUUCCGAGAAUCACCUGAGGAUGCAUGCAGCCAUGCCACAAGGAUACCACGCCAUAAAUGAGAAAAGAGCAGAGGGAAACACAGGUGUUGAGCAUCAGGGGGAGGCAAAGUCUGCCGUUGCCUCCUCACAGAUUUUUCACUCAGAAGGGGGUGAGAUGGAACCAGAGACUAUGGAAAUAAAGUCAGUCAGGGACUACUUCACUAAGAUGCACUUGGGCUCAUUAAUGAGCAGACAGAAAGGGAAACAGAGGGAGACGGAGAGCGGUAUCCAAGGAGAUGCGUGCGAUUCCUCUGAUCAAUCCCAUAUUACUUCUCCAGAUUCAGCUAAAGAGGAGGCCCCCCAUCUUGUUGGGAAGUACAACGCUUUCACUGUGAGAGAUUCCUACUACAUGAACCAACUUGAUCUGGGGCGAACUCACUGUAAAGAAAGGCAGCAGAAAUGGCAGCAGAGAGCACCAGGAAACAAAAUGGCAGAGAAUCUCUCACCAGAAUGUGCAAAUGACUCACAGGCUUCCCACGCAGAUAGGCUGACAGCAAAGGCAGAGAAACAAGACUUAGAUGAAAGAAGCCAACAGUUAAAUGCCCAUCUUUUUUCCCCAUCCAAAGGGCCCUUCCCUGCAGAAAGUGAUGCAGCUUCACACGAGAACAAGCAGAAGCAGAUAAAGUCUUCACAGUCAGAGCAAGAAGUCACACGUUUAUAUGAUUUCCAUGUUAGCAAGCGCAUGUCAUCAAUUCAAAGCGAGGCGGUUCAUUCUCUCCAAAGCUCUCAAUGCUCCUCUAUAGAUGCUGGAUGUAGCACUGGCAGCAGCAGCUGUGUCACACCCAUGGAUUCCCCACUUUGUGCCACUGACAAUAUGCAUGUACUAUCAGAGACUUCACUCAAGGGGAUGAGUUAUGUCGCUGCUGAGGAGAAGGUGUAUGGACCUGCAGCGCAGGGGAAGGCUGGACAUCCAAUGGACCACACCCUGCUGAGGAAGAUCCAUGCAGCUACCAGCACUGAGUCAGGCUUUGGAAGCACACGUGACAGCGGUCACAGAGUGCCCAAAAUGAAAGAAACCACAGCUUGCACACAGCUGAAGAAGACUGGGAAAGAGUCAUCUCUCACUCUCUGUAAUGAGACCAGUACCACCUCCACAAUCAUGUCACCUUUAUCUUUACGAAGUAGCACAGAGCCCAGCGAGGUAACACUGGCCAGCCCUGAGCCCAACCUAUCUUCAUGCGACCUGGCAACAAGUAGCCUCAGGAAGCCGCACAGGGUUCACAUGCUCAAAAGGAGCUGGAGCACCUUAAUGCCAGGUUCCAAGAGCUUGGAAGUACUGAUAGGAAAGACCAAAGCCACACUUACAGGAAAGAUUGGUGGUCCGAAUCUGCAGUCUCAAGAUCCCCAAAAAGAGCAAAGAGGGUUCUUUGCCAAAACCUUACCCAAGAGUUUGUCCCAGGGAUCAGUUGCCUCCGAUUCGACUGGAAGACGACUGCAAACAGGAGUCUCGCUGCUGCUGCUGGAGUCAACAGCUCCGAGGUCAGACGCAGGAACGUGGCGGUGCCGUGGGCCGUUCAGUCACUGCUUCCUCAGGAAAGCUUCAAACGCUCAAGGUAGUGAUGAAGAUAAAGAAGUGUGUUCACAUGCCCUGUUUUCUGAGAGCUCCGUUUCUUCUGGCUGCAAGAAAACUGCGGCCUUGAAAGCAGGCUGUAAAGCUGAAGAAAACAACGUGCCCUCGUCUGUGAGCACCUUGGGUCUCAAAGACAGGCUAGCUUAUAUAAAUUCAAUGAAGGGAAAAACCUAUAGCCUUCACACAGGAUUUGCACUUGCACGGAAAGAUGCCUUAGAUAUGAUCAGUGUGUUGCGUUGCAGUGUGAGACAUAGGUCCAAAGGUGAUGUACCUGAGGUCAGUGAGGCUGACAUGGAGAUGCUCUCCCAGCUGCUUUCACUGCAGGCCAAAACGCUGAGCUCCGCCUGCAGUCAGAUGGCAACGGAGUACAGCAGCCCAGAGGAGCUGCUGCUCACCCUGACACACAGUUUCCAUACACUGUGUUGCUUAGCGCAAGCCUGCAUGUCACUAGUGGAGGGUCUGAGCAGUGAGAGCGAACGCAAUGAGGUGGUAGUGAAGGUGGACGAGGUCGUGAUGAACUACGUGUGUCUGCUGAAAGCUGCUGAGGUGGCUGCAGGAGGCUCCCCCGAUGACCAAAGUGUGAAUGCAUUGAUACAUUAUUCUGCCACCAUUUCUGUUCUUAUAAACACACUAACCAACUCACUGGAAACACUGCUCAACAAAAAACUGUUGUUUUCUUCUGAUUGUUGAUUUUUAAGCCAUACAUGUG